AUGCUCGGCCUUCGCCAGGGCGAUCUUCGGUGGAUGCCGGAUGAGAAGUGCACGAAGUGCUUCGCUUGUGGUGAGCCAUUUAGCGCGUGGAGAAGACGCCAUCACUGCAGGUUGUGCGGCCAGAUCUUCUGCUACGACUGCUCCAACAACUUUGUCUCAGGAAAGCUCGUGGGACGCCCUGGAGAGGUCAAGUCCCGUCUCUGCGAGUCCUGCCUGGAGUUUUGCGACGAAAGCUUGAUCAUCCAGCGUAGCAGCGCAUCCUCGGGCAUUGCUGCCGGCAUGCAGCUCUUCCGACGAGAGAAUCGUACAUCGACCGAGGAUGAGGACACCGUCGAGCAGGAGGAUGUGGACGACCAGCCUUCCAUUUCGGAUGGCGAUGAGAUGCCACCAGUGCCCGAGGACUUAGAAAGCCUCAGCUACUCUCCCUAUGGCCCAGACUCUGAAGUGACGGCUCGGAGCGUGUGGUACUGGGGUGAUGAGCCCAACUCCCGUGGGCAGAGGGCGCCCGCCAAUCACCGAGCUGAGGUGGGCUUGCCUGAAGAGUCCAUCGAACACCUCAGCCAAUCGUGGGAAGGACUUGAGGAUCUGGAGGAUCUUGCUGCAUGCCAGUGUGAUGCCCAUGGCACAGAGUGGGCGAACAUGGUCGACGCAAACCUCCGCCACUUCGGGUCCUCCGUGCGGGAGUGCCUACUGCAGGCAGGGGAGGGCUUGGAGGAUCAGGAGCACCUGCUCACGAUCUGCAAGUUGGCACAGCAGGUUGUCAAGCAGCUGAGACUGGAGCCUUCCGACAGCAUGGAUAUCCUGACCUAUGUGAAGGUCAAGAAGUUGCCGGGUGGGCACAUCCGAGACUCGAGGUGUCACGAUGGCGUGGUCUUCUCAGGAGACGUCGUGCACCAGAAGAUGGCGACGGACAUUGCAGACUGUCCGCUGACCCUGAUCCAGCUUCCUUUGACCUUCGACUACUUCAACAUGAAGACGGACCUGGAUGCCCUCCGCGAGCAAGAGCGGAUCUACUUGGACCUCAAGGUUGAGAAGAUCGUGAAGGAUGUGCAUCCAGAAAGCCCGAAGCUCCUGCUUUGCCAGGCGGUGGUGUCUCAGCUGGCGCAAGAGAAGCUGCGGAAGCAAGGCAUCGCCGUGAUCAUCGGCGUCCCUGAGCACAUUCUGAAUGCCGUGGCCCGGACCGCCGGCUGCAAGGUCGUUCCCGCUGUGGACUCCAUCCGGCGGACGGGCGAGCAAAUCGGAGGCAAGGCCCGGCACUUCUACGUGGCCCGCAUCGGUCAUUUGGGGGAGGCUGGCGCCAAGUCCCUGACGGUGAUCGAAGGCUCCAAGAAGGGGAAGUUCAGCACCCUCGUGCUCCGGGGCGGAGGUCAUCAUCCCAAUCACGUGGACGCUUUGAGGUUCCUCUCCAAGGCGAAGGAGGUCUUGCAAUGGGCCAUCCGCUUGGCUCGGCACAUGCAGCUGGAGACAGAACUCCUUUUUGAUUUAUGGUGCAGCCACUGGAAGCGGGAGAUCAGCCAUGCGAGAGAAGGUGGCCAACCUGAGUUUGAGAAUCUCGACAUCCUCUACUACCUAGUGAACCGGGACAAGAGUUGCUCUGCACUCUAUCGCUGCCGAUGUCCACCCUACCGACCCGACCAAAACCAGAGCGAAGAGGCUUCGGGCAACGAUGGCGACACUGUAACGAUGAGGGAUUGCACUCUCCGCGAAUGGUUGGAAUCGUGCUUGAAGCGCCCGCAGGCACAGAUGCCUGCGCCCUCCGCAACAGCAGCUCUUUCAACUGAGGAUGCCGUCCUUACAGCCAACAUGAACAACAUCGGGAGCUUCUUCCGCGAGGGACGCGGCACGGACGGAGCAUCGACAGAGUUUCCGCUUCCUGAGUUGGGCAAGGUGCUCUGCUUCCAACGGCUCCGCAGCCGAGUGGUGGUGGAGCUCCUGGAGAGCAACGAGGAGCGUGGUCGGCUGCGGUCUAUGCCAGGAAGUCCUGAGACAGGCCCGAGCUUCACGCGUUCGUCGCUGAAGCAGAAGCCCGGGGAGGUGCUGAGAGUGGACUCUGGCUCGCAGCUGCCAGUUGAGGAUGCCAAUGCCUCAGGCACUCCCUCCUUCGAGCGGAAGCCUGGUGACAAGGAGGAGCCGCAGUUGACCCUGGAGCUCUGGCGUUACUGCCGGAAGUGUGGCUGCCAGGUCACUCCCAGGAGCGCCCUGUCGGACUUGGCCAGCUGGCACUCCAUGUCGAAGUUCUUGGACAUCCUCUUGCACAACACCACCUCCGAGUUUUCCUCACUGGCUUCGAAGCUGCUGCCGACACCCCCAAACACUCCGUGCACGCACAUGCCAUUUCGGGACCACAUCCUCUUCUGUGGCAGCCCCGAGCGGCCUACACUGUUUUUGGGGUUCAAGUGGGAAGCUGUGCUGCUCUGGCAGCUCAACAGCCCCCAUGCACCUCUUUGGGAUUCGGCGACUGGGCUCUUCUUGCCGGCACCAUCAUCGGCAGAAGGGCAAGGGAAGCCCAGCAGCGAGGAGCAGAGCUUUGAGGGUACAGCACCCAUACCUGCUGCACCUGAGCAGCUGAACACAGUGCUGGUCGAACUGGAGGCGCUGCAGGAGCAUAUCGCAGAGUUCAUCCGGAGCGUACUGAUCUGCCUCUCCACCAUCGAGUCCGAGGACAAGGCCUCCUCUGAGUCUCCAGCCGAGGGCUCACUGCCGGCACCGCGCAGUGAAAGCCACCUACGCGGUGCGGGCCGAAGCAAAGAAGCGGCCAUCAACAGUUCGAGCCCAGUGCCCGAAGACUCUGUCCUCAGCUACGAUGAGGAGGACACGGAGGCCAUAGACUUGGCGAACACGCGGCGCUGGCUCAUCCAGAAUAAGACGGGCUGGCACCGUGUCAUGGUGAAUCUCAACGAGUUCCAUGAAGAUCUCAGCAAACGGCUGAAGGCGGUGAAUGACAGCCUCCGCUCCCGAGGAGCUCUGCCGCCAAUGAAGUUGGGCGACCCCGUUCUUGCAAGCACCCUUUGCCGGAACCUGAUGGACUCAUUCCGCGAAGGCCCUGUGGCCAAAAAGAUCACCCAAACCUGUGAGGAUCUCACAGCCCUGCAGAAGCUGCAGUCGGAAGGAGGAGAAGACAAAAACAAGGACGCCGGCUUCCAGGUUCCCCUGCCAGCGGUCUUGUCGUCAUUCGUGACCACGGCAAAGGAAACCUACAAGCGCUUCUGGCCUCGAGAGGCCCAGGACAUGCUGCCAGCCAAGAGCCCGGAUCCCGCGGAGGGUGUGCAAAGCGCCAAUAUCGCCUCUUCACAGAGGUCUCGGGCCAAGUCUGCCCAGGACGAGGAGCGACCCGCUCCGCUGCGGAGAUCUCGCUCAGUCGAGGCUAGGCAGAAGACGCCGGCCGGUCGCAUGAGGCGUCAGGACAGCGAGACAGGCCCCUCAGCGCUGCCGAACUGCCUGAAUCAGGUCACUGCGGCCUUUACCUCAGCUGUGGAGAGCCGGAACAGCCAGAUUACGACCCUUCCACGCUGUGUCCACGGCAUCUCACUGUCCGUACAUUUUGAGGAUGUGGGCUCGCUCAUUGCUUACGCGCUCCUGAGCGAGAAGGCAUCGGAGCAGCUGUCGUCGCAGUGGAGCGCACUCUGGGGGAAGAGCCACUGUCCCCUCGCCGACACACACACCGAAUGCUGCAUGCGGUCUUUUCCAAGCUGCCUUUCGCGGCGAGCUCCCAGCGGCAGGCCCUCCCCUGUUGUGGGGCGCGCCAGCAACGCAGAGGCCCGGUUGGCGCCCGCAGAUUCAGCAAUGGCAGCGCUCAAGGCAAAGGCGUGGAAGGGGCCGCAGGAGGGGCCCAACGCGAUCCGCUACACGUGGGAGCAGGACAUGGACAGCGCCGGACUUCGGACCAUCCUCAACACCCCCGUUCUCAAAGAACCCGUGAAGGUGGAUUUCGAGGACAAGCAGGCCAAGUACCAGGUGGCUGUCCAUUUCGCGCCGCACUAUCAUGCACUGCGCCAUUGGAUCUGUGGCGAUGAUCUCAACUUCGUUCGGUCUUUGCAGCGCUGCAAGUCGAUUCAGACUUCUGGUGGGAAGUCUCGGGCUACGUUCCUCAUGUCCCACGACAAACGCUUCCUUCUCAAAGCGAUUAACGAAUCGGAGUUCAAAAAGCUGAACAGUGAGGCAGAGAAUCUCUUCUGGUACUUCGACAAGGUGCUUUUCGACAAGUGGCCUUCUGUGCUGACCCAGGUCAUCGGGCUCUUCUCAGUCUCGGUGACCAAGAAGUCCCAGUACAAAGGCUACUAUGUUGUGCAGCAGAACCUUCGACACAGCCUCCGUGACACCUGGGCCUUCACAUUCGACCUGAAGGGCACGGGAAAGAAUCGCCGCGUUCAAGCGACGGACCUUGGUGAGGAGGCGGACUCCCGAGAAUCGCCCAGCGGCAGCAGAGGCCCGGAGGAUGACAGCACCGAGCGUGACAGAGCCGCGAAGGUGUUUUGGGAUCAGAACUUCCGAGAAUGGACGAAAGGCAAGCCGCUUUGCCUUGUGCCUUCCGAUCUGACAUAUCUGGAAGCUGCCAUCUUCAACGAUACCACGCUCCUUUCAACCAGGGAUCUGAUGGAUUACUCCCUUCUGCUGGCAGCAGUGCCGCCAGAGCCCGGCGCCAGCGCGGGCCGUUUGAUCUUGGGCAUGAUCGACUACCUUCGUGCCUUCACCAUUGACAAGAAGGUUGAGAGCGCCGUGAAGACUGCGCUGGCGCCGACGCCCGCUGAGCAGCCCACGAUCAUCGCUCCCAAGGACUACGCUGCUCGCUUCAUGCGCGCCAUGAGCACCUACUUCGUAGCAGACUGCCCAGAGCAACCGUGA